AUGGACAGUGCAUUGGCCACUUUGAUCUUCCUGUUCGACUUGUUUGUGUACGGGCAUUAUUAUGUGCACUACGACUUAUUCGAGCGGAACAACCAGAAGAAGUUCCUUUCCAGCCAGCCCACAAAAAGAAUUUUUCUGACCCACGUCUUCUCCGGAAUGUUCGAGCUUUCAGUUGGCUACCUGGCGGUUCUUAUGACCAACUCUGGGUCCCACAGCCUCAGCUACGUGUGUACAGCUAGUGCGCUGUUGUUUCAUAUCCCGACCGGCCUGGCGAUGGCGCCGCACGCAUGGGGCAUCAAGUGCCUGACGGUGCCAGGCUACGUUGGCGUGGGGCUGCUGCGCGCAAGCGUGGCGCUACGCGUGUUCCUACAAGAUCCCCUCGUGUUCGAGCAGUCUUGGAUCCUACUGCACAUGGGUGUGCUUGUGCGCUUUGUCAGCUGCUACGUGGUGCCCUUCACCUCGAAGGGUGGGCGCUACGGCGAUCUCAGCAUCUCACCCGUCUACCACACGAUGAGCGUGGCAAUCGCCUCUGCGGUCACUGUGGCCCUUGUUUUUCCACCCUGGUACAAUGUGCUGUUCCUGGGUGCUUAUGCUUGGUUCAAAAUGGCCUACGACAAUGUUCCUGCCGUGAAGAAGAUGAUUGACUCUGAGCG